AUGCCUCCCAGGAAGCGCAAAGUCUCGUCGACGGCCAGCACCCCGGCUACCAAGAAAGUCCGCAUCGGCGGCACAUCUGAGAUCUCCGACCACCCCGCAGCUGCGCCGGCCGGUCGCCCCAAGCGGUCUUCUGUUGGUGAGCCCCAGUACACCUUUACAAGACGCAGCUCAUCUAGCGAUCAGACCACGGCUGCGGCUGCAGCUGGCCCCAAAGACGAAGUCGUGAAGAAGAAGCGAGGGAGACCACCCCAGGCUACAGCCUCCCCUGCGCCGAAACAAAAUCUCAGAUCGAAGCCAGCGGUAUCGGCUGUAAAGAAAACUAAAAGCUCCAAUACGUCCACGUCCGUCACGUCCUCUACACGGACAGCUCGUGCAUCAAAGCAGAAGCCGAGUGCGAAGAAACCUGCUCCGACGACGACAACCGCCAAGGUCGGCAGAAAGGCGAAAGCCGCCCCCAAGGUGAAGAAUGCAUCGUCCGAGUCCGAGUCUGAAGAUGCCCUGGUUUCAGAGAGACACCCCGCAACGAGCAAUGGCGAUACAAACAAGUCUGGCGAGAUCGCCGCGCUUGACCAUGACAUACAGUACUGGUUGAUGAAGGCUGAACCCGAGUCUCGAAUCGAAAAGGGCCACGAUGUCAAAUUCUCCAUCGACGACCUGGCUGCCAAGACGGAGCCUGAGGGGUGGGAUGGCGUACGCAACCCUGUGGCUCGAAACAAUAUGCGGGCAAUGCGCAAAGGCGACUUGGCAUUCUUCUAUCAUUCCAAUUGUGCCACGCCCGGCAUUGCAGGUGUCAUGCGGAUCGUCGGCGAACAUACCACGGAUGAGUCGGCGUUUGACCCUGCCCAUCCCUACUUUGAUCCCAAGUCCGACCGCGCAAAGCCUAAAUGGGAACUCGUCCACGUCGAAUUCGUCAAGAAGUUUGACAACCUUGUCACGCUCAAAGAGCUAAAGUCGUUUGCAAAGCCUGGUGGAGCCUUGGAGAAUAUGCAAACAUUGAAGCAGAGUCGGCUCAGCGUCUCGGCGGUCACACCUGAGGAAUGGAGAUUCAUUCUUGACCAGGCUGGAGAGUCAGUUUCCUUGGGACAUGGGGAUGUCAUGGGAGGUUACGAAUCGGAAGUUGAUGGCGAAGGCGAGGAGACCGCUGCCGCCAGCGAUGGCGACAGAGACAAUGGACUUUCGAAUGGAGCUCUAGGCCUAGGAAUUACAGGCGCCAUUUAA